AUGACGUUAACUCCUAUAGAUUUUAGUGCAAUUUCUGGCCUACCGGUGUACGGGAAAGUUCUGAAAAUGAACAAGAGGGUGCAUAGAAACCCAAAUUUGUUGAGGACCUUGGUUGGAGAACCUUUGGCACUCCUCAAAAAAAGCAGAGUGGAAGUUAGUUGGCUGUACUCUGUUUAUAAGAACAUGCCUUUGAAUACUGGAACAGAUUGUGAUAAACUUGCUAGGGUGUUCAUAUUAGCACUAUUGGGAUCAACUCUGUUUGUACGUCGUAACAACAUGGUCGACCUAUACUACAUUCCUUCUUUACAAUGUAUUGCAGACAUACCUAAUUUCAAUUGGGGUGGUGCUGGGUUGGCUUUCGCAUACCAACAAAUGGAUGACUUGUGCAAACUUAAUACACACUGCAUAGGAGGACUCUGGAAAACUUGGGAGGAAACAAAUCCAACAAUCACUAGUAACUUCAAAACUAGUUUGGACAAUCCUCUUCCGCAAUGUGGUUUGGAGGAGACAAACUCAAAAGGGGUUGAAGUUGAUAACGACGAAGGAGAAUCAAUGUCGAAUAACGUACGCCUUUGA